AUGGUGGCACGCAGCGCUAUGGUAUAUUUUGCUCAUGCUAUAGCGCAGAAGCAUGCCAUAACUCGUACAGUGCGGCAUGGAACAUGUGCACGAGUGCAGUUUGCACGCCUGAAGGUUUGUGACUUCUGCGAUCAGUUUGGUGACGACAGGAAUGGAGUUAUCGACUGCAAUGGGGUGGAUUGGGGCGAAGAGGCGGCAUCCAGAGGAGCUUCACUGCGUUUCACCAAGGUAUUGUCAGCAGCCUCCUUCUUUCGCCAUUUUGUGCGUCGAUUCUGGAACCAAACCUGGAAUUCAAGCUAA